GGAGUGCUUUCUGCUAUAAUUAUUUGAGAUACUCGUCACCGACUUUUGGCUAUUCUUUACGGACAUUCUCUCGACUGCUUACGAUUUGGUUUGCGACAUAUUUUCUUUCAACCGACUACUGCUAUUUACCUGGACUUCCGAACUGCAUACGAUUUGGUACUAUUCUCACGAUGAGGUGCUUUUUAUGUGAUGUUGUUUUGUGCAAUGAGAUACAACGUUACAAGUUAUCAGAUAUUGGCCUAGAAUUAAGUGCAGUUUUUGCUGAUAUAUUAAACCGUGAGAUUGAUUGUGAUGGCUACUUGUGUGAAGAUUGCCUAACAUCGGCUGUAAAUCGACUAUCUCUUGAAUUAAGAACUCAGGUUGCAAGUCACUGUAUUUGGUGUAAAAAGUCAAUACUUGGUCAUCAUUCUCAUCGAUUACCAAACGGCCCUGAGAGAGAUCAUAUAGCUUUGCGUAUAUUACCACGACAGAUACAACCUGAGCAUAGAGUUUGCUAUGCCUGUUGGCUUGCAGCUCGUAGAAAUGUUCAACGAGCGCAGAUGCAAGAUCAAAAUAGAGCUGAACCUCCUGGACAACUUGUAGAUCAAUCAUCUACAUCUCAGCCUCAACUAUCCAUAUCUCAGCCUCAACCUUCCACAUCUCAGCCUCAACCUUCCACAUCUCAGCCUCAACCAUCCACAUCUCAUGCUUCAAUUUGUGUUUGGUGUCAGAGAUCAAUUGCCAGAUGUCAUUCUCAUUCUUUACGAGAAGGUCCUGAAAGAGAUGUCAUUAUGGCAAGACGUAUCUCACCCAGAUUGAUUGAACUUCAUAGUAGAGUUUGCUAUGCAUGUUGGCUGUCAGUUCGCAGAAAUGUGGCAGAAGAGGUUACCCCUGAAAGUGCAAACACUAAUUUCAGCCAACAGCAAACAUCCAUUUCAAAUAUAUUGUCAAAUGUUAGAAACAUUUUAAAUGUACAAUUUGUACCGCUUCAUAUGGGCAUUGGCCAUUUACCAAGAAAUGAUACAUUGUAUCGGAAUUUGACAAUACCACAAGGUCUGUUUGGUGGUGAGGAAGGCGGCAGUAGGAGAGCUAUCGUCAUUUGUGAUGGGACAUAUGUUUAUUUACAAAAAUCAUCGAAUUAUUUGUUUCAAAAAAAAAUCAUACAGCCUACAUAAAUAUAAAAAUCUAAUAAAACCAUUUUUAAUUGUGACAACAGAUGGUCAUAUAUUAGAUAUUUAUGGUCCCUAUGCUGCAACUGUGUCAGAUGCAAAUAUAAUGAAACAAUUGUUUCAAAAUGAAAACAGUGAGCUACGCCAAUAUUUCCGAGAAGGAGAUGUUUUUAUCUUAGAUAGGGGAUUCAGGGAUGCUAUUGACUUUUUAAGAUCUUUAAAUUAUAAUGUGUUUAAACCUGAAUCCCUAGAACCUGGUGAGACACAGUUGCCAACAUUAAGAGCCAAUAAGUCCAGACAUGUCACAAUGUGUAGAUGGGUAGUGGAAGUUGUAAACGGUCGAUUCAAAAGAGAUUUUAAAAUAGUAAGAAAUGAUUUUAGUAACAAUGCUGCUACCCAUGUAAUGAUGGACUUUAGAAUAGCAGGGGCCAUAAUAAAUGCUUUCCAUGUACCCAUCACAGAUAGACCGGAUGCUCCCCUAAUUUUAGAGCGUGCCCUACUCAAAUUAAACGUACCCAAUGUUCUGGGGGAUUAUAUUAUAGAAAAUAAUUUAAAUAGAAGAAGAGUGUCUUUUAAUAAUAUAAAUGCGGAACAAAUUCUCUUAAAUGAGUUCCCGAGAAUGACAAAGUCUGAUUUGAUUUUAUUUGCACUGGGCACUUAUCAAAUUAAGCAGGCGCGCUCUUAUUAUGGGGAGCACAUUAGGCAAAAUGGCUCUUUUAUAAUAGAGAUAUGUCAUGAUAUCGAGCCUGUCCAUAUGCCAAGUUCUAAUACUGAAACGAUUUUAUUUAGAGGACGAAUCAAAUCUAGGCUUCGUAGUGGUAAGAUAUAUU